CACAGACGCUCAACAAGAAAUACCUGCUGGCGGGCUGGCUGUUGAGUGUUCACCCCGUUAGCCCAUCGCACACCACAGAGCUCGGUGAGCGGCCGGUGUCUCGCGCACCGCCGUCUCCAUUCGUCCGUUUAAGAGACCUAGCUAGCUACGUACGCGAGCUCCCUCCCACUCUGCUUCUGCUCCUCCAUCAGACACUCCUCGUGCGCAUUGGUGCCUAGCUCGCACGACCAUGAGGCUGCCGAGGAACCGUUGCUCCCCCUCGCUGGCGGCGCGGUGGUCCCUCGCGCUCCUGGCCGCCGUCCUCGGGGGCGGCGGCGGGCCGGCGGCGGCGCUCGGCUGCUACACGCGCAUCUUCAGCUUCGGCGACUCGCUGACGGACACGGGCAACUACGUCCGCCUGACGGCCACGAGCCACAGCCCCUACGGCGCGCCGCCGUACGGGCGGACGUUCUUCGGCCGCCCCACCGGCCGCGCCAGCGACGGCCGCCUCGUCAUCGACUUCAUCGCGGAGGAGUUCGGGCUGGCGAACGUGACGGCGAUCCAGACGGGCACGGCGCCGGCGGACUUCCGGAACGGCGCCAACUUCGCCAUCAUCUCGGCCACCGCCAACAACGGCACCUUCUUCGCGGGCAACGGCAUGAACAUCAACCCCUUCUCGCUCGACACGCAGAUGCUCUGGUUCCGGACCCACCUCCGCGAGCUCGCGCAGGCCGCGGCGGCGGCGGGGCCGGGGCACCAGCGGAACGCCAGCACCGGCGCGCUGCUGGGCGGCGCGCUGGUGGCGCUGGGCGAGAUCGGCGGGAACGACUACAACCUGGCCUUCCUGGGCGGCGUGCCGCGGGACACGGUGCGCGGCUUCGUGCCGGCCGUCGUGGGCAAGCUGGCGGCGGCCGUGGAGGAGCUCGUCGGCAUGGGCGCGCGCGCGUUCGUGGUGCCCGGGAACCUGCCCUUCGGCUGCGCGCCGCUCUACCUGCGGCGGUUCGGCGGCGACCCCGGGUACUGGGACUACGACGCCUCGACGGGGUGCCUGGCCUGGUUCAACCGCUUCGCCGAGUACCACAACCGGGUGCUCACCAAGCAGCUGGACAGGCUCCGGCGGCGCCACCCGGGCGUCACCAUCGUCUACGCCGACUGGUACGGCGCCAUGAUGAGCAUCUUCCGAGCACCCCGGGAGCUAGGUACGUGCCGUGCCGCGCCGCGCCCCCUGCACAUCAGACUCAUUGCUCAUCCGACCGAGCGACACCGCCCGCGGCACGGUCUGCCUGCCCUUCUGGCUCCGGUCGCGGCGACGGCGACGGCGCACCGGUCGGCGAGGCGAGACACCUCCUGUCGGAGUGUCUUGGCACGUACUAGUACACCAGGGCCCUGUUCCAUUGGAAGCACUGCCAGGCAAGGCGAGCACAGGGACAGGGUUGUCCUUACUGGGGCGAGUUAGGCAGUUAUGGCAAAAAGGCUCUGCGGAGUUGUGGCCACCACCAGCUCAGCUGCUGCACGUGCCAACAAAAUUAGAGGAGCGUCUAGGCCAUGUGGAUGGGUUCACGUGCAGCUAGCAAGCCCCAAGAGCUAGUUGUUUUGGGCCUGGUACAGAUCUUAAUUGGGUCAUGAACCAAAUAUUAGCACAGGACAACCAACAUAAUAGCUCUCAUCUUUUUAAGGCCACCAUAACGGUCAUGAUUUUUUUAAAAAAAAGAUUAACGGUCCCAAACAAAGUGGAGUAGGAAACGGGAAACCACAUGCCAUGAAUGACUGAUGCUGUGACUGCUGGUGAAUGGAUGCGCCUGCAGGCUUCACGAACGCCCUGCGGAGUUGCUGCGGCAACCAGACGGUGCCGUGCGGCAAGCCCGGGUGCCGCGUCUGCGACGACCCGUCGACGUACGGGUCCUGGGACGGCACGCACCCGACGGAGGCGGUGUACAAGGUAAUCGCCGACGGGGUGCUGCACGGACCGUACGCGUCCCCGGUCCCUCUCACCGAGACCUGCUGACAAUCGAAGCAGACUUCUCUGUCUCCGGGUGGUCCGCUGAUCCUUAUUACAAGAUCCAUUGUUAUUAAGCUGUAGAAUGGUAACACAUCGGAGUUACGUGUGUAGCUGCAAUGACGUUACAGGCAACUUGGUCUCAGGGACAGGGUACAGUAAGCUAAGGUUGACAGAUUUCACUAGAACAGAAGUGGUACAGUGAGAAUUUGGGUUUGUAGCAGUACAAAGAUUGAUUGAUGUGAUCCAUGACUCCGUGAGCGUUUGCGUCUGUAAUAUGUGUGUUUUUGGAGGGGCGAAAAGGUCGAUACGAUACCCAGAAACAUCAUGCUAAUACUACAUACGUUCAGAGUGAAGUUAGUGCUUGA